AUGAUGGGAAGGAUAGGAUGGGGCGGGCACGUGGGGAAGGGCAGAUGCAGGGAAGGACAGGGCAGGGAAGGACAGGGCAGGGAAGGACAGGGCAGGGAAGGACAGGGCAGGGAAGGACAGGGCAGGGAAGGACAGGGCAGGGAAGGACAGGACAGGGAAGGCACGAGAGGGAAGGACAGGGCAGGGAAGGACAGGACAGGGAAGGACAGGGCAGGGAAGGACAGGGCAGGGAAGGACAGGGCAGGGAAGGACAGGACAGGGAAGGACAGGACAGGGAAGGACAGGGCAGGGAAGGACAGGACAGGGAAGGACAGGGCAGGGAAGGACAGGACAGGGAAGGACAGGGCAGGGAAGGACAGGGCAGGGAAGGACAGGGCAGGGAAGGACAGGGCAGGGAAGGACAGGACAGGGAAGGACAGGGCAGGGAAGGACAGGACAGGGAAGGACAGGGCAGGGAAGGACAGGGCAGGGAAGGACAGGGCAGGGAAGGACAGGGCAGGGAAGGACAGGGCAGGGAAGGACAGGGCAGGGAAGGACAGGACAGGGAAGGACAGGGCAGGGAAGGACAGGACAGGGAAGGACAGGGCAGGGAAGGACAGGGCAGGGAAGGACAGGGCAGGGAAGGACAGGACAGGGAAGGACAGGGCAGGGAAGGACAGGGCAAGGAAGGACAGGGCAGGGAAGGACAGGACAGGGAAGGACAGGGCAGGGAAGGACAGGGCAGGGAAGGACAGGGCAGGGAAGGACAGGGCAGGGAAGGACAGGGCAGGGAAGGACAGGGCAGGGAAGGACAGGACAGGGAAGGACAGGGCAGGGAAGGACAGGGCAGGGAAGGACAGGGCAGGGAAGGACAGGGCAGGGAAGGACAGGACAGGGAAGGACAGGGCAGGGAAGGACAGGACAGGGAAGGACAGGGCAGGGAAGGACAGGGCAGGGAAGGACAGGACAGGGAAGGACAGGGCAGGGAAGGACAGGACAGGGAAGGACAGGGCAGGGAAGGACAGGACAGGGAAGGACAGGACAGGGAAGGACAGGGCAGGGAAGGACAGGGCAGGGAAGGACAGGACAGGGAAGGACAGGGCAGGGAAGGACAGGACAGGGAAGGACAGGACAGGGAAGGACAGGGCAGGGAAGGACAGGGCAGGGAAGGACAGGGCAGGGAAGGACAGGGCAGGGAAGGCACGAGAGGGAAGGAAAGGGCAAGAAGUGAAGGGCAGUAAGCGAUGGGAAUGGCAGGAAGACAAGGCCACAACGUGUGGGGCUGGAAGGAAAGGGAAGCAACGGGAGGGCUGGAGGCAAAGGGCAAUAUGGAUCGCAAGGAAGAAAGGGGAGGUUGGGAGGUGGGGAGGUGGGAUGGGAAGAUGGGGAGAUGGGGAGAUGGGGAGGUGGGGAGGUGGGGAGGUGGGAUGGGGAGAUGGGGAGAUGGGGAGGUGGGGAGGUGGGGAGGUGGGGAGGCGGGGAGGUGGGGAGGUGGGGAGGCGGGGAAAUGCGGAGGUGGGGAGGCGGGGAGGGGGAGGUGGGGAGGCGGGAAAGGGGAGAUGGGGGGCGGGAAAGGGGAGAUGGGGGGGCGGGAAAGGGGAGAUGGGGGGGCGGGAAAGGGGAGAUGGGGGGGCGGGAAAGGGGAGAUGGGGGGGCGGGAAAGGGGAGAUGGGGGGCGGGAAAGGGGAGAUGGGGGGGCGGGAAAGGGGAGAUGGGGGGGCGGGAAAGGGGAGAUGGGGGGGCGGGAAAGGGGAGACGGGAGGGCGGGAAAGGGGAGAUGGGGGGGCGGGAAAGGGGAGAUGGGGGGGCGGGAAAGGGGAGAUAGGGGGGCGGGAAAGGGGAGAUGGGGGGGCGGGAAAGGGGAGAUGGGGGGGCGGGAAAGGGGAAUUGGGGGGGCGGGAAAGGGGAGAUGGGGGGGCGGGAAAGGAGAGAUGGGGGGCGGGAAAGAGGAGAUGGGGGGGCGGGAAAGAGGAGAUGGGGGGGCGGGAAAGGGGAGAUGGGGGGGCGGGAAAGGGGAGAUGGGGAGGCGGGAAAGGGGAGAUUGGGGGGCGGGAAAGGGGAGAUGGCGGGGCAGGAAAGGGGAGAUGGCGGGGCGGGAAAGGGGAGAUGGGGGGGAGGGAAAGGGGAGAUGGGGAGGCGGGAAAGGGGAGAUGGGGAGGCGGGAAAGGGGAGAUGGGUAGGCGGGAAAGGGGAGAUGGGGAGGCGGGGUAG